AUGGCUGACUCAGACGCCAGCGCGGACACAGAUGCGUCCAUUGGGCGCAAGAGAACGGCUGCGCGUCCUCCGUUAGCGGGCUCUACAGGCUCGGAAACGGAGACCGACGAGCGAGUACGCGCGAAGGAAAAUAAGGCGCGAAGGGGGAGGCCCAUUGGAUCUGGGAGGGGGACGGUCUUGACCCGUGCGCGCGCACAAUUGCGCAAUAUGGAGGCUGAGGCCAGAGAGCGAGAGUUUGAGCGCGCGCUUGAGGCGCGCGCUUUUCGGAAGAAGCCUGAAAAGGCGGAUAAGGCGGGGAAGGCCGUUUUCGAGUUCGGCUCGGAUUUGUCGGCCUCUGAGAGCCGGGAAGAAGGCAUCUCUGCUAGAGAUGUGCAGGGUCUGAGAGCGGAAGCAGGACGCAGCGUGACGGAGAUUCUCCAUGUUGCCAGGACCUCUGGCAACCUGAAGGGGGAAUAUGUCCGCCGUCUGAAGCUGGCUGCUGAGGCCCUGACGGGGAUAGUGGACGCCCUGGCGGAUCGCUCCUCGAAUGAGGAGACGAGGAAGGUGGCUGCCGACAAUGAGCGGCUGCGCAAGGAGGUGGAGAACCUGAAGGCGGAGGCGUACCAGUUGGGCGCAGAUUACUUCACCAUCAACACAAUCGGUAUGACGUUUGUCGUUGUUGUCAGAAGAAGUUAUUCUUACCUUCAGCCAGUUACUGAGAAUUUCUUGACAGAACAAAUCCAA